CUCAGCCUUUUUCCUAUAAAACACUUUUCUUUUGGGGUUUUUGGGUUUAGUUCGAUCCGGAUUACACAGAGAUAUGGGGAGAGAGAGGGUUAAGAUGAAGAUGAAGAUGAAGCUGAAGCUGAAGCUGAAGAGGAAGCCAAAAGAGUUGCGGAAGAAGGCGAGAGUGCUCUGCGAUUUCUGCGGAGUAUCCACCACCCGCAGAUACGAACAAAGCCCACACAAACAAGAACAUGAAGCACUGUCUAUGGAGAGCGAACUCAAGAGAUUAAGGCUUUUGACCAGGAGAAUGACUGGUAAGGAUCUCGACGGUUCGAGUUUCGAGGAGCUGCUAUUACUUAGAAACCAUCUAGACCGAGUCAUGGACAUUGUGACCAACCAAAAGGACAAAAUAAAGCUCGAAAAGGCAGAAAGGCUGCGCCAACAGAAGAAGGAAGCAGGGGAUGAGAAUGAAGGUUGGAGGAGAAGAGUUUUGGUUCCUUGCAGUACUUGGGGUAAAAAAGUAGAUAUGGAAUCAGUUGUUUUAUUGCUGAAUCCGAUCCUCCCGUUAGAGAUCACUUAUGGAAUCAGAUCUGGAGAGAGACAAGAGAAACAAGCUGAUAAAGCACCACCACCACCACUGUCUCGAAGUCAGAUAGAAUACGAGAGACGAAAAGCUGAAUCCAUGCACAGCAAAUUCGAGAGAUUAUGGCUGUUGAAGGAGAGAAUGAAUGGUAGAGAGCUGACAGGUAUGACAAUCAUUGAGCAUUACUUACUUCUAGAUCAGCUGUACCAAGGAUUUCGAGGUCUGAAUGAGCAUCUUUGAGCAUCAAAGAUGAUCAAGAAUUGAACAAUUUGCAAUGCUAUGCAAGACUCAUUUGCAAUGAUAUGAAUGACAUGUUUGCAUU